AUGGCGACGUUCGGUGGGAUUUUUCCGCGGCUGCAUGGGAUUGUGGUCCGCAGGAAAUUUCAGUGUUGUGUGACGGUGCUCUGCCAUGGCCUCCGUGUAUUUGGCAUCCUUGCUCCGGCAACGUCUCUCAGUCAUUGCAGAUACGUCCACUCAUCGCCCGAGUGUUCCGCGAAGAACUAUCUGCACAAGUUCUCUUCUAAAAACAAAAAAAGACUUUGGCAUGAAGGCACUUGGCAUCUUCCCGUGGAAAACAAGCCACCUGGUUUACUGGCCUUGAUGAAACAGCAGAAGACAGAAAAGAGAGAAAAUAAUGUUCGUAUUAAGACUCUAAAUGUGAUCAUGUAUCAUGCGUUAACUGGCCUGUUGGGAACAUCAGAAGUCAGUGAGGAGGUUAAUGAAUUGUGUAUUGAACUAUCAAAGGUAUCUGUAUCUUCAGACUUUUCUGUCUGUCGAGCGUAUUGGUUGAGCAGUGGCAACAAAGACACUGAUGCUGAAAUUGACACAGUACUUCAGAAGCAUGCUCCACGAUUUAGGCAUCUCAUGAUAAGCCAUCAUGUUCUUGGCAAAGUUCCACCAGUUGUGUUUCUGAGAGACAAAGAAGAUGCCAAGAGGCAAGAGGUUGAGGACCUAUUCGCAAUUUUACAGUCUGAAAAGGAUGAAGUCUCAUCGGUGGAAACUGAUAUAUCCAGGGAACUGGAUACAGAAUCCCCCAAAGAAACUUCUACGAUUCAGCUACCCAGUAUCUUUGGUAUUGACCAUGCAAAAAUUAACCAACAAAUUUUUGCUUACAAAAAAAAAAUGAAAACCAAGGUGAUUGAAACUGACAGCAAUGAACAUUCUCAGCGACAGCAAGAACAACUUGCGGAGAUUCGGAAACAGAAUUUACAAAAGAAAAAAAUGAAAAAGCAGAAGAGGGCUUCUAAUGACCUCAGCCCACAGGAUUAUCAGUUGCUCAGUGCUAUGGACUCUGAGGAACAAGAGGAGAUGGACUUUGAACUAAGUGAAGAAUUAGUGGAGUGUCAUGAAGAAGAGAAACCAAAUAGUGAUGUCUCUCAAAAAUAA